AUUACGUCACGCUGCGUCGCGGAAAGGUGACGCUCAAAAUUCUGCCAGCGGGGUUGCUGCUGUCGUUCUUACCGCUGCCGCUUCUGGUAGUUACUUCUGUUCAAAGAACCCACGGCUCCUGGCCGCCUCCUGCCCGCCGCCCUGGGCUCCUCGACCGUCUGGCCCUGAGUGCUGUGGAGCAGCUGCCUCCAGUCUGAGAGGAAGGGCUUCCGAGAGCGGCGGCCCCAGGGGCGGCAAGAUGAAUGUGGGCACGGCGCACAGUGAGGUCAACCCCAAUACGAGGGUGAUGAACAGUCGGGGCAUCUGGCUCUCGUACGUGCUGGCCAUCGGGCUCCUCCACGUUGUGCUGCUCAGUAUUCCUUUUGUCAGUGUCCCGGUCGUCUGGACCCUCACCAACCUCAUCCACAACAUGGGCAUGUACAUCUUUCUACAUACAGUAAAGGGAACUCCCUUCGAGACACCUGACCAGGGUAAGGCACGGCUGCUCACUCACUGGGAACAGAUGGACUAUGGUGUCCAGUUCACGGCUUCCCGCAAGUUCCUGACCAUCACACCUAUUGUGCUGUAUUUCCUAACAAGCUUCUAUACCAAGUAUGACCAGCUCCACUUCAUCCUCAACACGGUAUCCCUGAUGAGCGUGCUGAUCCCCAAGCUGCCCCAGCUCCAUGGCGUCCGGAUUUUUGGGAUUAAUAAGUACUGAGGGCCCAGCCCCUUCUUUGCCCUACCCUGGGGAAAUCUGAGGAGAUGAAGAUAAAGGGGGCCUCCAUGCCCAGAGACUGAUACUGAGCCUAUGGGCCUAGUUAAAGCUCUCCUUUUCCCCUACUUCCUCCCCAACCCCAGUAGUCAAAAUGGAGUAGCCUUUAGUGGGGUUAGAGAGGGGGGUUCUCCCCUGUUCCCCCCUCCUCUCUCAGUGGCUUUGUUCCCUUUUUUAUUUUUCCCUUUUGGAUAGAAAAUAAACGUGGGAGGGGUUGUGUGGUACUUCAGUGGUCUUGGCCACCUGGGCUGAGGAGGGACAGAGGAUGUUGGGAAACCCCAUGCAUUCACUGUGACUCUGGCCAAUGCACUUUAACCCCCUACUCCCACCCUCCAGGCAGGGGGCAGAGGGAAUGGUACAGCCUCUAUAUUUCACUUUAAUUCUCUUGGUUGACACUCAGUGUGCAUAUGUGCGUGCUUGUUUGUGUGUGUGAGUGAGUGAGUAACCAGAAAGACAGACAGGUAUGAGUCUAUGCAUGCAUUUCUACCUUCAAAGGCACAAAAGUGUCUGUUUAUCCAGCAAGCUAAGUCCAUUGGGUACAUGAGACCUUGGGAAAGGUGUUUAGGUCCUUGGGAGUGGGGAGGGUACUGUGAGCACUGAAGGAAGCUCUGGUUUAUUAGCCUGGGGUGGGAUUAGGGACUCUGUGUGUGUGUGUGUGUCCGCCCCCCUGGGCACACACAUGAGAGUACUCAAGUGAGUAUGUCUGUGUAUGCCUGUAGGGGGUCAGGGCAGAGGCCAAUAUAGUGAGUUGUGAACUUUUGAUGCUAGAGAGUAGCAAAAAACAGAGUUGCAAAUGGAGGUACCUUUUCUAGGUUCUUAAGCUAGUUUGGAGCAGAAAAGGCCCAAAGGACUCUUCUGAUAAGUGUGGGGUGGAGAGGUGAAGGGAUGAGAGUCUGUCCCCUUUGUUAGUAACUCAUCUUUGGGUCCAUAGUGUUGGUGCAGAGGGAAAUCUGAGCCCUCCAAGGAUUGUCACCUAUGGCUGAGGUCACCCUGCAUUGGUUUCCUUUGAAAUACAGGUACUUCCUUUGGAAAGGAGAUGGGGUAAGGAGAGAGGUCUACAGUAGAGCCUCUUGUAGCCGGUAGAAGAAUAUCUUCCCCUCAGUCAGCCUCUUUCCUCCCCUCACUUCUAGCACUUCUUGGCUAGCGAUCAGGUCCUUUUGGUCAUACAGUGUAGAUUGCAAGGAUGGAUGGGCACAUUGUUAGUAUUUGUUGAUUAGCCCCCUUUUUCUUACUCUUGAGGGUAUCUGCCAUUUGGAGCUGGCAUUCUUCAGGUAGGCAUGGCUUACUGCCCCAGAGCUUCUCUUCCUAGUAGCCAGGCCACUGAGAAGAGGGAAGAGGUGGGGCUACUUUGGAAGACAAGGGGAUGAGAGAGAGAGCAAGUGUGUGUGUGUGUGUGUGUUUCUGCACAAGAUCCUGUGUGUUCUGAGACACUUCUGGUCCCUCCCCAAUGUGUGAGGGAAGAGGGGUGGUCACUAUGCCUUGUUCUCUGUCUCUUGUUCCCCCUCCCUCACAACCCCCAAACCCAUGUAUUAUAGGGAACUUUCAACUCAAAACCUUUCUAAGACAGUGUGAAUAGAAUUUUUACUCCCCCUUUGUACAGUAUUCUGAAAGAAGCAAAUAAAAGGCAGUGUGUUCCUGUCUACCA